AAAAACGCCUUGACCCAUUGCUCACUCACCGGACUGCGCCUCCUCAGGCAGCAGGAUUACAAUCACGCGAACAGCUGUUCAAGUUCUUCUGUGCUCCACCGACACCACCUGGUCGUUUUAGCCAUUUGGACUACUCGCUCGGCCGCCAGGCACUUCAUCGUUUGAACACACGACUUCAAGGUGGGAAUGUGAGCGCAACCACCGAGCAUCAGCGGCAGCGAUGCGCUCGGUCUGGUUCUUCCUUGUUCAGCUUGCGGCGGCGCUACCGAUUCAGCCGCACAGUAUGCCAAUAGUAUCACGAACCAUUCGCGACGUGGAGAUACUCGAGUCUGAUUUAGAAAAUGCCUCGACGAGGUUCGCCUUCACUCCAGGCUACAAGGAUGCACGGGUUCAGCUUACGACGUCUCCCUUGGUCGUCGAGCUCAAUGUCCACCGCGCCACCGACCUCCUCGCCACCAACAUCACCAUCAAUGACCAGCAAUUGGACGUGAAAUGGAACACGGCCGUAGCUGACGGGACUUUCUUCGCGACCGUGUCUUCGCCCUCGACUCAGAUCCUGACCAUUCCGGAUGAGCGUGGAAGUCCCCACUUCGUUGACGUAUCGUUGUCUGGUUAUAUUCCAGUAGACGACACCCAACGACCACUCCGCGAACCAGCAGACACACAGCAUCUCAGCCUGCUUGUACUGUCCGUGGAUGAGUUCGCUACGUCACACUUUGAGCUGGACAUCGUCUCGCAACCGACUGCUUCCGAACGGCGACUGCGGAAGCUCUACCGGGUCACUGACAUGCAAUCAGCUGUGUCAGAACGCAAGGUCCAACUCCUGUCGGUGGAUACGGUCCUCGAUGCAGACCCAUUUGCGGACCAGCAUGGACAAGAGCAUGUAGACGAGCUCGAUAUCGAGGCUGAAAUUGAGUCUCUUCUCCAACUUGAGGCACAAGCCAGCGCACUUUCAACUCAGAUUGCUGCCAAGAAGCACGGAAUCUCAAAGUGUCUCAAAGAUCACCGACAGAAUGUCCCACUCGGGCAGCUACUUCACGAGUGUGAUGGCGUCGUCUGUGCGGCGAAGGUCAUUGCACAACGCAUUUGUGACAAGAUGGGAGUAGAGACGGCCUCGAACUUCGACUACGUACAAGUGCAAGAUCCGAGCGCACAGCCACUCAUCCAUCUCGAUGAAGAGAACCGGGAAGAAGCCGCAGAGAUGGCCACUCCCAAACCUAUGAGUGUCAAGUCUGCAACUCUGGCUGCAACCGGGCAUAUUAACCUGCACUCAAGCGGUGCAGCCGUUCGACAAUCCAUGGAGAUCAUUUACCCUCAAAGCAUGCUCUAUCGCGUUCUUGGCGUGAUUGCUUGUGCAUGCGGCUUGACAGCACUGUACAGUUUCAUAAGACGGAAGUGCAUGUCUGCCCGGCGAAAGGUUGACCAGUUGGCAGAGCGGGAGGAGAGACGCAACGCGAGGGCGUAUCGACGUGCUGCUCGCCGCGCUGACAUACGCAAGAGGUGGGAGGCAUUUCUUCGCAGCGUCAAUUGCUUCAGCAUGCAGAAUGAAGAGCCCAGAAUGGAAGGCUACGAGGAGAAGCGGGCACUGAUCCUCCAAGACGCUUUCAUGGAACAAGAAAUCGAGGCAGCCGAGAAGGGCGAGGUCAUGGAAGCCGAAAUCCGUGAGCUGAGACACGCUCACGACAUCGUUUCCAGCCUUGUGCGCGUAGACGAACACAGAUACGACUUGGCGGCGAUUCACGGCCCGCCGCGACCGCGAAUACCACGUCCGGCGCGGAGGUCGAGAGCCAGCACCACUACUUUGCCUUCAUAUCAUUCCGAGGUCCUUCCCGAUUACAGCUCACGGGUAUCUGCCGUGUCUACGACCAUUGCGAGUAGUGGCAACAGUCUCGACGGCACGAUAGACUUCUCCACAACAGCCAGCUCUGGAGAAGGGGAGGAGGUUUUCACAGCUACCGAAGCUGCUAGCACUCCACGAUCGUCCAGUGUGGACGGAAGCACAGGCACUCGACGCUCACGCAUGACCGAGUUCAGCUCGAUUAUCGAAAUUUCGCCGCGUGCUAGCGAGGAGACGCUUCGGACUUGUCAGCGCUCUUCCAUGGCGUGGAGCCGGCGGUCUUGGGAUACUAACGACCUUUAAACGUUUUGAUGUCUUCUUUUGAGCGAGUUUCUAAUGUUGUUAUCGUAAGUGAUGGAACCACGGAAAGCGGACCACCGCAUGGCUGACUCCAUUUUCAUUGUUGCAUUCGUGGCGCUACUUAACAUGGGCGUGGGAAUGAGGAUCUCGCAAAGUGCACGCGAUCGUGUAGACAGUACUAGAAACCAGAGGCAAUUACAUCUCAGCCGCCACAUGGCGUGUUCCGGUUCAUAUUCGUUCAGCUCGUCUGCUGGGUGUGCUGCACGACAUGAUGCAUGUCAGCGGCAGCCGGCGAAUCGCAUUGUUGACAUGCAAGCAUUGCGGAUUGGCAAGAAGGCUUCUAUCCUAUGCCAAUGAACGAUGAGAGCGCGCGGUCGCUGGAUCAGAGUCUCAUCAAGAUCUAUACAAAAGAAUGCAACACAAUGACAGUGGCCCAGCGCU